AUGGCUGUGUCCCCCACAACUGAGCAGUGGGAAUCUGUUCUUGACAUCACAGGGCAGAUGAGGACAAAUUCGAGUUUCGAUCCGGUGGCUAAGGCACAUCGAAAAUUUGCCUUAUUCUAUGGGAUGGACAUCCUCUCUCUGGUCAUUGCCCUGGUUGGGCUGGUGGGGAAUAGCAUCGUCCUGUGGAUUCUGGGUUUCCACAUCCAGAGGAGCCCCUUCUCUGUCUACAUCCUCAACUUGGCCGGGUCCGACGCCCUCUUCCUUGGUAGCUGCUUUGUGUUGUGCAUGGGGGAAAUUGUUGGAUAUUUUCACUCUCUUGUCCUGGUUGUAGGGCGCUGGAUCCUAAACCUGUUCUACUGCGUGGGCCUGAGCUUGUUGGUGGUGAUCAGCACCGAGCGCUGUCUCUCUGUGCUCUUCCCCAUCUGGUACAGAUGUCACAGGCCCAAGCACACAUCUGCAACUGUGUGCGCCAUCCUAUGGGCUCUGCCUGGCUUGUUCUGGGUAAUAUUUGUGGUUCUUCGUUUCCUUGAGAAUCUCCAUGUCUACGUUUUGUACAACACUCUGCCCUUCAUGGAGAUCGGGUGGUUCUCCCUCCUCACCUGUAUGCUGUGCGUGUCCAGCCUGACCCUGGUGCUGAGGGUCCAGUGCAGCUCCCAACACAGGCAGCCACCCCGGCUCUACCUCCUGAUCCUGCUGGCAGUCCUCCUGUUCCUGCUCUUUGAACUGCCCUUGGGGAUUAUUGAUGCAAUUUGGUUGUUUCACCGCUAUCCUUUAGUGCCUCAUGGGCUCCCAAGGCUCCUGGCCUGUGUGAACAGCAGUGCAAACCCUUUCAUUUACUUCUUCCUGGGCAGCCAAUGGCGUAAAAGAGGGAGGGAAGCCCUCAGGGUGGUCCUCCAGAGGGCCCUGGGGGAGGAACAGGUGGAAGGGUUUGGGGAGAGGGACACUUCCCACCCCAACACUCUGGAUAAAUUAUCCUGA